AAAAGCACCACCCGACACACUUCAGUCAGCCAGACGGUGAAACCAGUGAAGGAAUCCAAAAGUUACCAAGUGCACAUACCGUAAAGAAGGAGGAGUAACAAGGAGGGUUACCUGCCGCAGAAUAUUGAGCUCGGUGCCACGGGGGAGCCUCCAAACAGGACAGCAGCAACAUGGACGACAUGACUGUGGAACAGAUCACCAUCAGGGCCAACCAAGUGACUGAUGAGUCACUGGAAAGCACACGGAGGAUGCUGCAGAUGGCAGAGGAGAGCAAGCAGACCGGCAUCAACACCAUGGUGAUGUUGGACGAGCAAGGAGACCAGCUGAAGCGUGUGGACGAGGGCAUGGACCAGAUCAACCAGGACAUGAGACAGGCAGAGAGGAACCUGACCGACCUCUCCAAGUGCUGCGGCCUCUGUGUCUGCCCCUGUGACAGGGUGUCGUCGAUCGAGCAUGACUCAAAGUACAAGCGUACCUGGGGCAUCAGAGGAGGCGACGGCGAAAAUGACUCCGAUGGCUCAAAAGUGGUCUCGAGGCAGCCAUCGGGUGUCCGCAAUGGCCAGGCUGGCCAUGCAAACACCUCUGCGCCUUCAGGCCAGUACAUCAAGAGGAUAACCAACGAUGCUCGUGAGGAUGAGAUGGAGGAGAAUCUGGAUGCAGUGGGCAGCAUCAUUGGCAACCUGAAAAAUAUGGCUGUGGACAUGGGCAACGAGAUAGACCAGCAGAACAAACACAUUGACAACAUCAAUGACAAGGCGGAAAUGAACAGGCAUCGUAUUGAAGAGGCGAACCAGAGAGCUAACAAGCUCCUCAAGUAGAAAAAUAACCCGCUUCUGCCAGUUUUAUCCAUCAACCUUGAGCCUCUGUCGCCCCACCUAUAUUGUAUACACACACUGCAUUCUUGUGCACAUGCAUCUUUGACAUUUAAAAAGAAAUUCAGUCAGGAAGAAUAUCUUUGCCAGCUUGCCUUAUUCUGCACUAAGAUGUAAAUAUAAUACGCAAAAUGUUCUAUAUUUUAUAAAUUGGCCACCAUCUUUUACACAUGCAUUCAUAGACAUGCUGGACUUUGAAAAAGCAGCAAGGGCAUCAGAAACUGCUCCAAAGAGGAAGGGACUGACUGCCUGUCACUGCUGGUCGAUAACAAAUAUGCACCAGGCCUGUUGUAUCAUAUCUCAACAUUCAGAGGAAGGGAAGUAGCACAGGUCAGCUGCUUUUCUUUCUUACUGUUUUUCUGUUUUGUCUUUCUCUUAGAGUCAAGAACUAUGAACUGUCUCUCUUUGUCUGUGUGCGUCUGUGGUUUGUGUGGAGGAGGUCAUGGAUUCAGGCUUACUAGCUGACUUUUAGCUAGCAUUAAUUAUCGUAUCCCCUUCUUUUUGGUCCAAUCUUGAUACUUCUAGUUAAAUCAUAAAACAUUGACUUUGAAACAAAAGCAUCUUAAUCAAAUUCUUAUUGGUUCAGUUUGUAAUUAGGUAUAUUUUAUCGUGUAUUAUUUUGAGAUGAUGUGCUUAUUUAAUUAUUCUUUAUCAAGCAAAAAUGACUUGUGAAUAAAGUUUUUUUUAACACUUUGUUCUCAUGUCAUUUAUGCCGUUUCAGAUGUAAAAGCUAUUUCAUAAAAUAUUAAAUGUUGUGCUUUGGAGUGAGUCAUGGCAAAUCCUUUCAUGCUGGAAUUCAAAGCACCUACCCCUGAACGAUAGCAAUUCACUAUUAUUUUUAAAAUUUCUGACUGAGAAGUCAAGGUUGUUGUAACUAAUUGCAAGAAAAUUGUGAGAAGCUGAACUGGUGUUUUUUUAUAUAUACUAGUAAUCACUUAUCCUUCAGAUGUGAGGGAGGGUCAGUAAGCAUCAUGAAGAACGCUCAUCAUUAACUCUUCCAAAGCAUCUAGUAUAUUUUAUAACACUGAAUAUGUGAAACAAAACAGUAGAUUUGUCAUAAAAGGAUCAUUUCUGUACUUCAUAUUUAGUGUCUCUUGCGAUUUUCACUAUCUUGAUACAGAAACAUAUUGUAGCUGUUUAUAUUAAUUGCCCAUAGUCAUUCUGUUAAUCUAAAUUCAUUCUUCUUUCUUCGUCAUCUCCUGGUUAAUAGAGAUUUAUAGCACCCAAGAGGAGAUUGAACAGCCUUUGCAGGGUUCCUAGUAAGUCUGGUAAUAUGCGGAAAAUUAAUUUCCUCAAGUUUGAUAAUUGCACAGUCUGUAAAAGUAUGAAAACAAAUGUUCGGUUCUGAAACACACGGCUGUACAUUGUCUAAUCCGCUAUCAUUUCUCAUGCGCACUAUGUCGUUGUCAUUAUGGCAUAUGCAGCAGUUUUGUCAUAAUGAAAAAAUAACUUGGAAGGUUAAAAAUUAAAGAAAUGAGUCUGGAAAAAUAUAAUUUAGAAAAUGGGAGAAUGUGCAGGAACCCUGUCAAUGCCCUUUAUAGAUGAUAUAUGGUUGUGUUGUAACAGCCGCAGUAUCACAAACGGCUCCUCUUGCAGCCAGUUUUAUCAGCAGAGCUGCAGUAAAAUGAUAUAAUAUGUUGGAAAGCAUAACUUGUUUUGCCGUAGCCAUUCUGAGAAAUUACUGCUGGCAGCAAGCAAAAGUACACACGUAAAUUAAUGACGUUAAAGGGGUAAAUGUUGAAGCGGAAUAAGUCCUGGCGGGCUCUGUUUAGGCCUCACUGUGGAAAUUUGGCUUCUAAUAAAGUAAUGCAGUACGCUGGAAAUAUCUCUUGUAUGCAUCUUCUGGCUUAUUUGUUUUGAAGAGAAAUGAUCAUUUGUAUGCGUCGCUGCAGGCGUACACCUAUUGAGUUUGUAAAGAUUGAAAUGAACUGUUAUUCAGGGCUUUGUAUUGCUAUAAGUGAUCAUCCUCGGCUUGUUAUUUGUCAGCUGAGGUAUAAUUAGUGUAGCCUGAGGCUGACUCGCUGUCUUGAGGCUGUUUAUUCACUGUUUUGCCAACAGCCACUGGAAUGUAAAUCCAACCGUUUUGUCGAUUUUCAUGAUGUUCAAUAUGCAGCUCAUAUUCUUAUCUGAAAUUAGCUUGGUUAGCAGUUGACUGUUCAACAAAGUGCAUGAUGUUUAACACCUGCCUCUGUUAAAUUGUUUGUCUUCAAUAAAUGUACUCUGAAAUUAA